CAAGCACCGGUUAUGUUUUGUUAUUUGCGCGCUCAAACAUCUUAAUCUUUCUUCUCAACGAGCAGUUCGACGAUUGUAAAUUUCGUUCAAGAUUUCUAUUAGAUUCCUCAUGCUUGAAACUUUUAAACUAUGAAUACCAAACGUAAAGUAUUUCCAAAACCAGGAGAAACAUCUGCUGUUCUGAAGAAAUUCAGAUCCGGGGAAGACGAUGACGAUGAAUUCGAAAGUAAUUUCGAGGCUGAACUGGCCAACAUGGAAGGUGACGACGGAAUGGAUCAAGCACUGUUGAUCGGUCAAGGGCCGGAGGUGGAAAACACCUGUGCUAAGUGGAGUCGACCGAAGCCAAAGGAUUAUCAACCGAACGAGGACUCACUCGUGUUUCAGCAGAUAGACAUUGAGCACUACGUUGGAGAACCACUGUCGGGGAUGCCGGGUCCACAGAUUGGCCCUGUUCCGGUUAUGCGAGUGUUUGGCAUUACACAAGAGGGAAACUCGGUUUGUGCCCAUGUCCAUGGUUUUACGCCAUAUCUGUAUGUGGCAGCACCGCGCGGAUUUACACAAUCUCACUUGAGUGACUUUCGUGUUGCCUUGGAUAAGUCGGUGUUGAAUGAUAUGCGGUCGAAUAAGGAAAACGUCCAGGAGGCGGUGUUAGAUGUGGAACUGGUUCAAAAACAGUCUAUUCUUGGAUACAAUGGGGAGGACAAAUUUACAUUCAUAAAGGUGACGGUUGCUCUUCCGAGAUUGCUAGCAGCAGUCAAGAGAUUACUGGAGAAAGAACAGAUGAUGCCAGAAAUGGACUUUCAGGAUUGUCGAGUUUACGAAAGUAACAUUGAUUUCGAUAUUCGGUUCAUGGUAGACAGGAACGUUGUUGGAUGCAGCUGGAUCGAGCUUCCUCCAGGAAAAUGGCGAAUGCGACAAAAAGGUAAGACCCCAGCACCAAAGACUAGAUGUCAGAUUGAGGUGGACGUAGCAUACGAUAAGUUCAUCGCUCAUGCACCGGAGGGAGAAUGGAGUAAGGUGGCACCUUUUCGAAUUUUGAGUUUCGAUAUCGAGUGCGCUGGACGAAAGGGCAUUUUUCCAGAACCACAACACGAUCCGGUCAUUCAGAUAGCAAACAUGGUGAUUCGCCAGGGAGAACAAGAACCGUUUUUGAGAAAUGUUUUUACCCUGAAAGGAUGCGCGCCUAUCGUUGGAUCACAGGUUUUAAGCUAUGACUCAGAACAGGAGCUGUUGGAUAAAUGGGCAAGUUUUGUCCGUGAACUAGAUCCGGACAUUCUGACGGGUUAUAAUAUUAAUAAUUUUGAUAUUCCGUACUUGCUGAAUAGGGCUAGCCAUUUGAAAGUUAAGAAUUUUGAAUAUCUCGGUAGAGUAACCGACAUCCGAUCCGUGAUCAAAGAAACUGUUAUUCAGUCCAAACAGAUGGGCCGCCGUGAGAACAAAUUUGUCAAUUUUGAAGGGCGUGUUCCGUUUGACUUAUUGUUUGUACUUCUGCGAGAUUAUAAGCUAAGAUCUUACACAUUGAAUGCGGUCAGUUAUCACUUUUUGCUGGAACAAAAGGAAGACGUACAUCACAGUAUUAUCACUGAUCUCCAGAAUGAAAGUGAUCAGACCCGACGUCGUUUGGCCAUGUAUUGUUUAAAAGAUGCAUAUCUUCCGCUUCGUUUGCUCAAUAAGCUAAUGUGCAUUGUGAACUACAUGGAAAUGGCCCGUGUCACCGGUGUUCCACUUUCGUGCCUGUUGACCCGUGGCCAACAGAUAAAAGUCAUGAGUCAGUUACUUAGGAAAUGCAAAGAAAGCGGAUACCUAAUACCGUCGUAUCAUGGUUCCGGUUCGGAAGAGCAGUAUGAAGGAGCCACGGUUAUCGAGCCUAAACGCGGUUACUACGCUGACCCGAUAUCGACGCUGGAUUUUGCGUCUCUAUACCCAAGUAUUAUGAUGGCUCACAAUCUGUGUUACACAACACUGUUGCAGCCAGCCAGCAAGGAUAAAUUUGGUCUUAGCGAUGAUCAGAUCACGCGAACUCCUGCUAACGCCUCCUUUGUUAAGAUGUCAGUUCGAAAAGGAAUUCUCCCGGAAAUCUUGGAAUCACUUCUAGCUGCUCGUAAGCGUGCAAAAGCCGAUCUUAAAAUCGAAACCGAUCCUUUCAAACGUUCCGUCCUUGACGGGCGGCAGUUAGCUCUGAAAAUAUCUGCUAAUUCAGUAUAUGGGUUCACAGGUGCCCAAGUUGGCAAGCUACCGUGCUUGGAAAUCUCCGGCUCGGUAACAGCGUACGGGCGAACCAUGAUCGAACAAACCAAACAGGAGGUGGAGCAGCGGUACACCGUGGAAAAUGGAUAUGAGAACGAUGCCGUCGUCAUUUAUGGUGACACGGAUUCCGUAAUGGUGAACUUUGGAGUCAAAUCGCUGGAACGAAGUAUGGAACUAGGUCGCGAAGCAGCGGACUUCGUGAGUGCUAAAUUUGUGAAACCCAUUAAACUGGAAUUCGAAAAGGUCUAUUAUCCGUACCUUCUGAUCAAUAAGAAGCGUUACGCCGGUUUAUACUUUACCCGACCCGACAAGUACGACAAAAUGGAUUGCAAAGGUAUUGAGACGGUUCGACGGGAUAACUCUCCGCUGGUGGCUAACCUGAUGAAUUCGUGUCUGCAGAAACUACUGAUCGAACGUAAUCCGGAGGGUGCCGUCGAGUACGCAAAGCAAACAAUUGCCGAUCUGCUCUGCAAUCGGAUAGACAUUUCCCAGUUGGUCAUCACCAAAGAACUGGCAAAAACGGACUACGCCGCGAAACAAGCUCACGUUGAGUUGGCCAAUAAAAUGAAAAAACGCGAUGCGGGUAGUGCUCCGAAGCUGGGUGAUCGAGUUCCGUACGUUAUUAUUACGGCAGCCAAAAACACCCCAGCUUACAUGAAAGCCGAGGACCCGAUUUAUGUUCUGGAGAAUUGCGUUCCCAUCGAUGCAAACUACUAUCUCGAAAAUCAACUGUCCAAACCGCUCCUUCGUAUCUUCGAACCGAUUCUGGGUGAGAAAGCGGAAUCAAUUUUGUUACGAGGUGAUCAUACCCGUACCCGUUCCGUAGUCACAUCGAAGGUUGGUGCACUGGCUGCCUUCACCAAGAAACGGGAUGCCUGUCUCGGGUGUAAGGCCUUGUUACCGGCUGGGUAUGAGGGGCAAGCCCUCUGUCAGCACUGCAAACCGAAAGAGUCAGCAUUGUAUCAGCAAGAACUGAGCUCGCAACGUUCACUGGAAGAUCGAUUCUGUCGGCUGUGGACUCAGUGCCAACGCUGUCAAGGGUCACUCCACGAGGAGGUCAUCUGCACUAGCCGAGAUUGUCCGAUAUUCUACAUGAGGACUAAAAUCAAGAUGGAACUGGAAACGCAGCAAAAACGAGUUGGCCGAUUUGGAGUACCAUCGUGGUAGUGAUGCAUAUUUGAGUUUUAGUUAUUUCCCGUGAAUAAAUUCUGUAUUGUUAUAUUGAUA